GAACCAAAUUAUGUUAUGGAUAAAGACUUGAAGACUGACCCACCUUCCUAUUCUCUCCAAAGUUCUUCAGAACCAUUAUUUUCCAUCCAGGUAUUAGAAUUCAAAACCAGUUUGUUAGAGGCAUUAGAAGAAUUACGCAUAAGAAGGGAAGCAGAAAUUCAGUAUGAAGAGCAGAUUCAGAAGAUAAUUGUAGAAAAACAAGAACUUCAGUGGCAAAAGGAAAAUCUUCAGCAUCAAAAAGAAAUAUUAACAAAGCAACAUAAAGAAGCUAUGGCACUUUUCAAAAAGCAGUUGCAAACAAGGAUGUGUGCUGUGGAAGAAGAAAAGGGACAAUAUCAACUUGCUUCAGAAAUAAAAGAAAAAGAAAUAGAAGGCCUGAAGGAAACAUUAAAAGAAUUACAGAUUUCAAAAUAUUCUCUACAGAAGAAAGUAAAUGAAAUGGAACAAAAGCUCCAGUUACACCUCUUGGCUAAAGAAGAUCAUCAAAAACAACUGAGUGAAAUAGAGAAAUAUUAUGCUACAAUCACAUGUCAAUUUGGAAUGGUCAAAGAAAGUCAUAAAAAGUUAGAUCAAAAUGUACAAGAAGCAAUCCAGUUAAAUAAAAGACUAUUGGCAACCAACAAAAAUCUAGAAUCUGAAGUUUGCAGCUUAAAACAGGAACUGAAGAAAGUAACUGCUGACCUGAUUAAGUCCAAGAUCACUUGUCAGUAUAAAACAGAAGAAGACAUCAACCUUAUAAUAAAAGAACAGCAAUUUCAAGAAUUACAAGAAAAACUCCGAAUGGAAAUUGAAGUAAGAAAGCAGAUUAGUGAAAAGGCUACCUACAUUCAAGAAGAAAAACAGGUAAAUAAUAUUUUUAUACUUGAAACACAGCAAGUAAUUCAAAAGGAAACUAACAUUCAUUUGGAAGAACAAAAGAUCAAGAUUAUCAAGGGAAAUAAUCAGACCCUUGAAAGAGAUAAUGAGCUGCAAAGGGAGAAGGUAAAAGAAAAUGAAGAAAAGUUCCUUAAUCUUCAAAAUAAGCAUGAGAAAGCACGAGGAACUUGGGAAAAACAUGAGAAAAAACUCAAUGAAGAAAUAGAUGAGAUAAAAAAUGAGUUGAUGUCAAUUAAAGAAGCUCAUCUUAAAUUACAAGAAAGCUAUAAUGAAUUAUAUUAUCAGAAGAAGGUGUUUUAUGAGCAAGACAGUAAGCUUCAGAAUGGCAAAGAAGCAAAGGAAAAAGGAAAUAACAUUUCAACAGAGCAAAAAGAAUCUGAAUCAAUAGAAAUCCCAACCAUACAAAAAUGGCAUAGUCCUCAGCAAGAAGUAACUACAAUAAAUACCAUGAAUUUUUGUUCAAAUAUUGAAAACAGACAAGUAGGAAAAGAUAACCAAGGCCAAGAUAGAGAUUCAGAAGAAUUACAGUUUAUUGGAAACAAUGAGAAAAAAGAAAUUGAUCCUUCUAAAGAAAGAAAAGCUGAAGAACUUCCUGAAGAAAAACUAGUUAAAACUUCCCAAAGCAAAGCUUUCAGUCCAGAUAAAGAUUUACUGCAUCAAGGGCAGACCUGGCGGGUAUGCACUGCUGACUUGAGAAACUCAGAAGCUACACAAACAAAAGACAAAAUGUGCUUGGAAAGAGGUCUUGGUUGUAUGGAAUUUCAGACACUAAAUAAGCUUUAUUCAGUGACAGAAAUACCAGUUGAAACAGGAAGGAUUCUUCAAGACAGAACUCAAGAGUUCACUCUUCAUAGGGCAGAUGAAGCUUCAGAAACAGAUCACAGCAAAUUUGUCCAGGAAAAGAUUCUUGAUAACAAUCAUGACAUGAAUGAUGUACAGUGUGGUGAAGAUGUUUUGGGGAGUGAAACAUCCAAAGAAGAAUCCAGAAUGAGUCUCAGUACAGAAGAAAAUUCUAUAAAUGAAGAAAUGUCAAAUAAUGGCCCCAAAGAAGCUGAAUUGAAUUUUUCCACAACUGCAAAAAAUAAUUCUAUCGAGUGUCCUAAAGAUAGCUCAAUGGAUUCCAGUUAUUCUGUCUCAGAUUAUAAGGAGUGUAAAUCAAAUCAAACACAUCUUUUAUAUAAAAGAGAGGAGGAUGGGCCACAACAUAAGCAAACCUGUUCUUGUAGUCAAGGGACAUGUAGUACUUUGGGGAAAAUGGACUUAAAUAGUACCUGUGAUACAAUAAUCAAUAACACAAUUUCACAAACUGCCUUAAAUGACAAUAGAAAGGUGUGUUUUGAGAAUCCAAAAGAAACCUUUAACAUGAUACCCAUUUCAGGAAAAGCCAUCCCAAGUCCAAGGGAAAUAUUUGGUUGGGAAAACUUGAAUCAAAUACAGAGCCAUCAACCCAAACAGGAUGAUCCCAAGCAAGUAGAUGAUGAUGAAAAUGUGACAGUUUGCCCUUUUCAAGUUAACCCUCAGAAUAUACAUGUUUCACAGGCUAAAGAUAUAGAGCCCACUGUUCAAAAGCCUACUAUCAGGAAAACUACCACAGGUACAGCAAGACUUUCCAGCAAAGAGAGUCAAGUUAACGAUAAUCAAACAAGUGAAGCCAAGGACAAUUUCAUAGCCAAAAAUGAUCUCUCCCUAGUUAGUAAUGUGAAAGCAAAGCAGCAUAUAUUGUUAAACGAUAUGAGAGAGAAAACACAGUCAUUAAGCAACACAGUUUCAGAAAGAAAAUAUAUUGAAGGACAGCUGGAAGAAUCCUGCUCGUUUCACAUAAAGCCAUCUGGAGAUUUAGUAAACAGAAGUGGAAGGUCAGCCUUUGAUCUUUCAACUUUAGAUAAAGAAACUGAGAAAAUGCCAGUAUACUUAAAUUUUUUAGACCCUCGUCCUUGGUCAAAAGUAAAUCAAGUUGAAAGUCAAACAAUGAACACUUUAGCUUCCACGGUGCCUCUGUUGCUAAAAGAGAGACUAACGGGUUCAUCAGAAAACAAAAAGAUUCCUUCAAAGACAUUAUGUCAAAAUCUUGGCCUGGAUGCUGUCAUGCGGGAAAUAAGAAUGGAUACUACCAGCAUUAACAGAGUUGCUGACACUUUGACUAACUCAAGUAUCCAGCCACGUCCCAAGAGAGAUCCCAGGGAAGAGUGGAAUGCGAUUGCAAAGACUUUUUAUGAUUCUUCUUUUCCCACAGAACAUGACAAACCACAGCUCCGGAAUGCCGGCCUGCUGUCCAGACCUCCUCAGGCAGCCCAGGGGAAAAAUUCGGCUGAUUUCACUGACUGUUCCCUUGUUGAGGAAGAGGAGGACAGGCAAUCCCAGAAGACUUUAAUGAAAAAUCAAAUGAGUGAAAAUGAAAAGUUUCUAAAUUUGGAAAAGUCCUACCAACCCAGAAAAAGAAAAUCUGAAGAGAUAUUGGAAAUAGUUGAAGACAGUUGAACGCUGAAUGGAUGCUCUUUAGGAUGUCAUAUUUUGAACUGAAUGAGAUAUAAUGAUAUAAAAACACCCUCACUUUACAACUUGUGUUGAUACAGUGAGGCCACUUUUAUUACAAUUUAGCAGUCAAUUCUGCAAAUCCUUCCUUUGGGAGGGCUAUCCUAUUUGGUAAUCUCUUCAAAAGAUUAAAUUUUGAUUAUUUAGAAAUCUUGGUUCCUUUCUUCCUUUUUCCCUCUACAAAUCCUUCCAAGUCUUGAUGCUCUUUUAUCUCAAAAGAGUUACAUCCAAAAUGGUCCCUU